UUCAGCAAUUUCAAUAUCCCCCGUGAAAGGAAGGUGGCGGCCGCGGAGCUGUGCGCGCGCACGGGCAGCUUUCCCCGGCGAAGGGUUAAGGGCCAGACAGGGGCGGCUGGGCUCGGAGCCGACGCGGUUCAGGAUGGAUGAGGACGUGCUGACCACCCUGAAGAUCCUCAUCAUCGGCGAGAGUGGCGUGGGCAAGUCUAGCCUGCUCUUGAGGUUCACAGAUGAUACUUUUGAUCCAGAACUUGCAGCAACCAUAGGUGUUGACUUUAAGGUGAAAACAAUUUCAGUGGAUGGAAAUAAGGCUAAACUUGCAAUAUGGGAUACUGCUGGUCAAGAGAGGUUCAGAACAUUAACUCCCAGCUAUUAUAGAGGUGCACAGGGUGUUAUAUUAGUUUAUGAUGUCACACGAAGAGACACCUUUGUUAAGCUGGAUAAUUGGUUAAAUGAAUUGGAGACAUACUGCACAAGAAAUGACAUAGUAAACAUGCUAGUUGGAAAUAAAAUUGAUAAGGAAAAUCGUGAAGUUGAUAGAAACGAAGGCCUGAAAUUUGCACGAAAGCAUUCCAUGUUAUUUAUAGAGGCAAGUGCAAAAACCUGUGAUGGUGUACAGUGUGCCUUUGAGGAACUUGUUGAAAAGAUCAUUCAGACGCCUGGACUGUGGGAAAGUGAGAACCAGAAUAAAGGAGUCAAACUGUCCCACAGGGAAGAAGGCCAUGGAGGAGCCUGUGGAGGUUAUUGUUCUGUGUUAUAGACUCUGGGAAAUGCCAUAUUUGAUCAGAUAGUGACAUCUUUCUGUAUAUAAACUCUUUAACUGCUAUUUUAGGGACCUUGCAGUUUGCACAUAUUUGUUUUGUAUCAUGGCAUAAGUAUUUACAAGAAAUCUCACUCAUUGGCUUUCCCAGGUAAAAUGUUAUGGUAAGCAUGCACAGUUUGCAGCCUACAGUUUUUUAUGUAACAUAAAAUUGGUGUACCUUUAUAAGUACACUUGAUUUUAUGAUUUACAUUUAUCAUGUGAUUUUUAAAAAUCCACCUAUCUAAUAUAUGUGAGAACAAGGUCUACUUUUGGUCUUCUUUUUGCUUAAACACUCCUAUCAAUUACUGAAUUAAUUGGUAUGUAGAACUCCUAGAACUGCCGAGAGAUUACAGGUAUCCAACCUGGUGAGUUUCUUCAAGAAUAACAAAGAGCAUGAUUCCACAGCUUUCCCUAGGAUGUUUGCUGACAGAUUCUCUUUUGGUACUAAGCAAAAUUCUCUUUAUAGGAUGCAAUCCAGGCCAAUUUAUAAUUAAAUCUCUGUUCUGAUGAUGCUUCUAAAAUAGCAUUGAUAUGUUAAAGAAGUUUGAUCUUACUUUUUAAUUUAAUGAGUAGCUGAGUUGCUUAACUAGAGUUUUAAUUCUGUGAUACGUACAUUGGAUUCAAGACCCUUAGUGCAGCAUUUUCAGUGGGUGUUUGGCAGAAUGGCAAUAAGGUUUUCCCCAUUUUGGUUUCGGAAAGAUACGAAUAGUGUGUUUAUGUGACUCAUGUUAGUACUUACACUUUGAAACCAACACUUUUUUCUAUAAAUGUUGGUAGUGUUUGUCCAGGUACCUCCAUUUUAGCUGUGUAAUGUUUAUGAAUAGCUGUAUCUAAUGACUUCCAUAAAUGGCUUGUUGAUAUUCAAAAACCUAUGUCUGUAUUUUGAGGGUUGGGAUAAAAAAAACACUAAAUGACAAUUUGAGAAAGACAUAUUGCUUCCAGAUUUUGAUGUGUGUGGGAAAAUAGUGUUGCAAUGAAAAUCUUGGUAAUUUAUUGUAACAAGUCAAUAUUUUAUUAAAACCAACUUGUACAGACUAAUAAAUCUUUCCCACGAUAUUCAGUUUUUUAACCUCUAGCUAUUGUACAUUGUAUGUUUUCUUUUACUCAUGUUACUUAAUUCACAUUGACCUCUGCUAUUUAAGCCCCCAAAUACGUAAUUUGUCUUUUCAGAUAAGUCAGUCACUCUAAUAUCCUUCACAGUACAAUUCUGAUAUUAAUUUCUGGGCAUUUUGUUCUCUGUAUGCAGUUGAAAGGAUAAACAUUUUUGUGGGUCAUCUUUGCAAUAUAUGUGAUAUUAGAUUUAAUUGAAGUUGGGUUCUUUCUGAAAUGUCCACCUCCACAUAAAACCUUAUAUUCUACUUUAUUCACACUUGUUAGACCUCAUUACAUGUGAUUAAAAGUUGUGUACAGUAUAUAUGUUUUUACCAAGUAUAAAACAUUUACUACUUUAAUUUGGAAAAAGGUAGCCAACACAUGUACUUAGGAUUUGUUUGUUACGUUAAAACUGUAGAUUUGUAUAUUCAUGUAGUAUCUGUAUUGAUAAGGCAUUUCUGUUUAUUGCUUUUUGCUCCUUUGGGCUAUAUAAUAAUCUUUCUGUACAUUGUAUUAUUGCCUUGAAUUGGUCAGAAUUUGGAUACAUGAGUCACUUAACUUUUAAAAACUAAUUUUGUUUGAUUUAUAUUGUAACCUUUUAUAGUUUUUGAAUAAAUAUAGCCUGCUUUCCCUAGA